GGCCAAAUCUCCAGACAACUGAGAGAGAAUGAUAGCUCUCUUGGUUGUCUUGUUGCUGAUGCUGGCUGUCCUGUCCUUCAGGAGGGUAGCAAAAGGGAAGCUGGACUCCAAGCUCAAGUGUCCCAGGAGCCUUCCCUCCUUGCCAGUCAUUGGUAGCCUGUUGCAUUUGGCUGGCUCCAAGCAGCCCCAUCUCUUAUUCUCCAGUCUGCAGCAAAAGUAUGGCAGCGUCUUCACCCUAUACAUGGGCUCCCAUUACAUGGUAGUGAUCAAUGAUUACCUUCAUGCCAAGGAAGUGCUGCUUAAAAAAGGGAAGAUCUUUGCUGGCAGACCUCGAACAGUGACUACAGACUUGUUGACCCGGAAUGGAAAAGAUAUUGCCUUUGCUACUUACAGCCCAAUUUGGAAAUUUCAGCGCAAGAUGGUACAUUCUGCACUUUCUCUGUUUGGAGAAGGAUCUCAGGCUCUGGAGAAAAUCAUCUCUCGAGAAGCAACUUCUCUAUGUGCCACUUUGAGUGCUACACAGAAUUCACCUUUGGACAUGGCUCCUGAACUAAUGCGUGCUGUUACAAAUGUAGUGUGCUCCCUUUGCUUUAAUUCAUCCUAUCAGCGUGGAGAUCCUGAGUUUGAGUCCAUGCUUCAGUAUAGCCAGGGCAUUGUGGACACUGUGGCUAAGCAGAGCAUGGUGGAUAUCUUCUCAUGGCUUCAGUACUUCCCAAAUAAAGACUUGGUUUUGCUGAAGAAGUGUGUGGAAAUGAGGGACCAGCUCUUACACCAGAAGUUUGAGAAACAUAAAGAAGUGUUCAGCAGUGAUUCUGUUAAUGAUCUAAUUGAUGCACUUCUGAGGGCCAAACUGAACAUGGAGAACAAUAGCAACCCCUUCCGUAAACAAGAACUAACGGAUGACUAUCUACUCAUGACAGUGGGUGAUAUCUUUGGAGCUGGUGUGGAGACUACCACAACUGUGUUGAAAUGGACUGUGCUCUAUCUCUUGCAUUACCCAGAGGUACAACAAAAGAUCCAAGAGGAACUGGAUCAGAAAGUUGGUUUUAACCGACACCCACUACUUGCUGAUCGACAGCAUCUGAAUUACCUCGAGGCUACCAUUAGUGAAAUUCUGCGUAUCCAGCCUGUUUCGCCACUCCUUAUCCCUCAUGAGGCAUUGGCAGAUACAAGCAUUGGGGAAUAUCAUAUCCCUAAGGGAACUGAAGUUGUAAUCAACCUGUGGUCCAUUCACCAUGAUGAAAAAGAGUGGGAUGAGCCAGAGAAAUUUAACCCAGAUCGUUUUCUGGAUGAGGAUGGGAACCGGAUCUACUCUCCCUCACCCAGUUACCUCCCCUUUGGAGCUGGUAUCCGUGUUUGCCUAGGAGAAACCCUGGCCAAGAUGGAGUUGUUUCUCUUUCUAGCCUGGAUCUUGCAAAAAUUCUCACUCAGUGUUCCCGAGGGAAAUACACUGCCUGAACCAGAGGGUAAAUUUGGAGUUGUGCUUCAAGUACCAAAGUUCAAAGUGAAGGCUACUUUGCGGGAACCUUGGAAAGAAAAAGUAAUGGAACAAUAAUACUAUUUGGGUCCCAACUGUCCCAAAUAAUCUGACAGAAAACAAAGAAUUUCUUUUUCUGAAUCCGUAAAAUCAAUAUAACUCCAGAAUAAGAGGUACAAAGAUAGGACCCGUUACUAGGUUCAUAGGACCAAAACAGAAAAGACAUUACAAUUCUAAACAAUAUUUUUCCCAACAAAAACUGCAGUCUCUUCCCUACUCCAACUCUCUUGCAUUAUCCCCAUGGAAAAUAAAAGGUGUUGCAA